AUGGCCGACUCCGCCUUCUACGACCGUCACAUCGAUCUGCUGAAUCAUAUCCAUCACCAUGGUAUGGGCAUACUUGCUGGUGGCGUCCGCGGUGUGCUUUCGUACUAUGGGAUCAUCGGACCCGUCGCAAGCUUUGUGCACGCGGGAAUCCGGAUCAUGAUGGAUCAGGUCGUUGAGAAUACGGCGGGAACGAGCGCUUUGCCAUGGACAUGGCCGAUAAACGAGCAGGUUAUUGACGUGCUACACAAGGGGUUCUAUGCGAUUGUGACAGGCUACCUGUGUGAUUACUGGGUCAGAGGAGUGAACUGGUUCAACUAA